UGUUCCCAUGCCUCCAUUCGUCAUUGCAUCAAAAUCCUCUCCGUCCUCCUCAAAAUUGCACCUCCCUACACCACACCGCUCCCUCUCUCUCUCUCUGUCUUUCUCAAGUGAGAGAAAGAAGAAGAAGAAGGGCCGAGCAUACUACAAAAUCACAACAAGAAAAUCUCUCUCUUAUUCUCCGCACCUAAACAUAGUUUUCGAAUUUCUCUAUUUAGACUCUCAUUCUCUCCUCCCUCCCUAAUAUACACGCAAACACACAUUUUGUGCCCCGCAAUUUGAUCUCGAGGUUGUGUUUUGUUUGGACGCAAUGAAGCUGAAGAACCCCUCCAAUUCCCCCUCGCAAACCCUGACCUCCUCAGACACGCGCCUGCUCGUACGCGAGACGCUCCGCAUCAGCGCCAACCUUGCCUCGGCUCCUCCGCCGUCGCCCUCACCGGCUGCUGUGGCGCCUCAGGAACUGCCACUGCUCCAGGAUUCCAGCUUCGGCGGCCUAGUCGACGAUCAGUUCCUGAAUUCGAGCUUGAGGUUGAUCUGCUGCGAGGAGAUUGAUGGCAGACGGUGGCAAUACUUCGCAGAUGAUAGCAUCGGCGCUAGGAAUUUUGCUUCCAAACAAUUGAAGAAGAAUUCCAUUCGUGCUGUCUGUUUGCAGACUCCGUUGUCACCUGCUGAUGAGUUGAUAACAUUCAUAAGAUCUUACGUGGUUCCUGAAGGUUUCCCAGACAGCGUUACACCUUCCUAUGUGCCGUACAUGACUUGGAGAGCAUUAAAGCACUUCUUUGGUGGAGCCAUGGGUGUUUUCACCACACAAACCCUCCUAAGUUCACUUGGAGUCUCCCGAAAUAGAUCUGCACCAGGUGCUGUAGCUAUCAAUUGGAUUCUCAAGGAUGGUGCUGGGCGGGUCGGGAAGAUGCUCUUUGCUCGACAAGGGAAGAAGUUUGAUUAUGACUUGAAGCAGCUUAGGUUUGCUGGUGAUCUCCUUAUGGAGUUGGGAGCUGGAGUAGAAUUGGCAACUGCAGCUGUUCCCCAUCUGUUUCUUCCAUUAGCAUGUGCUGCAAAUGUGGCUAAGAAUGUCGCUGCGGUGACAUCAACAUCUACUCGAACGCCAAUAUACAAAGCCUUUGCUAAAGGAGAAAAUAUAGGAGAUGUCACUGCAAAGGGAGAAUGUGUUGGAAACAUAGCAGAUCUGCUUGGAACUGGACUCAGCAUAAUGAUUGCCAAAAAAAACCCAUCCUUGUUCACCACAUUUGGUUUGCUCUCCUGUGGAUAUAUCUUGAGCUCUUAUCAAGAGGUGAAAUCUGUUGUUUUGCAUACACUAAAUCGUGCACGUUUCACUGUGGCAGCAGAAUCCUUUCUAAAGACGGGCCGCGUUCCAAGUUUGCAAGAGGGAAAUUUAAUGGAGAAUAUUUUCAUUCCCCCAUGGAAACAACACAGACCUAUUGUUCUUGGACCAAGGUUCAAAGAUGCAUUCCAAGACCCUGUUGCAUAUAUAGCUUUGGAGCCAAUUUUUGAGAAAGAGCGAUACAUAGUGACUUAUAAUCCUUCAAAGGGAAAUAUCUAUGCCUUGUUCAAGGAUCAAGCAAAGUCUGAUGAUAUUCUGAAAGCAGCUUUUCAUGCUCAUGUGCUGCUUCACAUAGUUCAAUCCUCCAAUCAGAGCCAACAAUCCUUGAGGAAACUAGAUGAUGAGCUUUCACCUGUAUCGCCUUCACUGGAUGAUCUACAAUCUCAUGUUGCAGAAUCAUACAAGAUGGUGUCAGCUCUAUAUGGGCCUUUUAAGACCAAAGUUAAAGAACAGGGUUGGGUUAUGUCUGAAUCACUACUAAAUCCUGGCAGACCGCGGCUAUGUGAAUUGGCGAGAUAGGGUUCGUGUGGGACCUUAAAAUAAUGUAAAAGUGUGGAGAAGGAUCCAAAGGGAUCCAGUCACUUUCUUGCUUAAAAUCAGGUUGAAGAUGCUGAUCUUUGGGAUGAGCAAGGGGUGUUGUUGCCAAAUCAGGGACACUCGUUCCAUGUAAACACAAAACCAGUUUUCUGCAAUAUUCUUGACAAAAAUAACAACUGGUGAUUGUGAUGUGUAAGUUUGUUUAGCUGGGAGAGAGAGAGAGAGAGAGUGGAUUAAUCAUAUAGGUGCAGAUUUGGUAUCUGUCAAUAUAUUUUAGUUUUAUCACAUGACUUUUCCUGUUCUUCAUAAAAUUUUAUCCUAUAGUGAUGUAUAUUUGGCUUUGUCAGUCACCUCUGUGGGGAAUAAUCUCGUUAGCACUGUAUUCUAUAUUUCACUCUUUGUAAUCUGUAAUUAAAUUUAAUGAUUGUCUCA